AUUCAGUGCUGCAUGCACACAACAGACAGAGCGAAGGAAAGACCUCACUACUUCAACACAACCAACAUGAGCUACCUACAGAAAACUCAUUUGUUUUAAGGACUUCUGUUGCUGACUGCAUUUGUUUGUACAUAUUUGUAAAACUUUAUGGCUGUUUAGGGAGACCAUUUGUACCUCAUUGCAAUGGAAUGUUUACUUUACAGAGACUCUCUGAAAGUUUAAUCUGCAUUAAUUCACAUUGAGAAAAUCAGGACAAGAUGGCUGCACUCAUCUCAGAAAACUUCAAAUUUGUUGCGCUCUUCUUCAAGAGUAAAGAUGUCAUGAUCUUCAAUGGCCUUAUAGGUUUAGGGACAGUAGCCAGUCAGACAGCAUACAAUAUUUUAGCAUUUAACUGUCCGUGUUCACCAAAGAAGAAUUACCUGUAUGGCCUGGCAGCUAUUGGUGUGCCAGCUCUGGCUUUCUUUGUCAUUGGGGUGAUGCUCAAUAGAAAUACCUGGGACGUUGUGUCAGAGUGCCGCACCAGAAAAUGUCGGAAAUUAUCACUGUCUGCUGCUUUUGCUUUGUUGGGCUCCAUUUUGGGGAGAGCAGUUGUUGCUCCCAUCACUUGGUCAGUUAUUUCCCUCCUGAGAGGAGAGGCAUAUGUCUGUGCUUUAAGUGAGUUUGUAGACCCCUCUUCUUUGGAUCAUUUCCCUCCUACAACAAAGACUCCGGAGAUCAUGGCCCGGUUUCCAUGUAAGGACGUACCUGCUCCAUUUAUGAACUACUCAAGAGUGAUUGAACGCCAGCUAAAGUAUGAAUCACAGUUGUUGGGCUGGUUGAUGGUGGGAAUCAUCUCCCUCUCUGUUUUUCUGCUCCUCUGUAUGAAACACUGCUGCUCUACGCUUGGCUAUCAGCAGGAGGCGUACUGGACCCAGUAUCGUUCCAACGAACAAACUCUGUUCCAGCGUACAGCUGAAGUUCAUUCUAAAUACCAUGCAGCCGAAUGUGUCAAGAACUUCUUUGGCUUUGUGGCUUUGGAAGAUCAGGAGAAGCAGCUACUAGAAGACUGCAAGGGAAUCAAGAGUGUCAUUCCCAGAACGGAGUGGAACCGUGUCACUGGGGUUUACAUGUACAGAGAGAUUGAAGACACUCCGGUGUACAGCCGCUUAAACAAAUGGGACAUGUAUACAAAAGAGAACAACUGUUAGGUGAAUGAAAAACAUUUUGUGUGUUCUCUUUUAAAUAUCCGUUUUAUACAUUCAGAAUUUUUCAUUUAUUGUUUGUUUUUUAUUGCUUUUGUUGUUGUUGUUGUUCCUUCGUGGUAAACAUGCUUGAGUAUUAUGUUGAUAUUUGUCACUGAAGGCUGUAAUUCAGGGUGUUCAGUUUCUUCCUUUUUAAGGAUAAUAUGAUCUUAGUAGAGAGGUGAUUGGCAGCUUAAAUUGUUGUAUUUAAAAGUGUUAACGCACAAUGAACUAUUUAGCAUCUGUUUUAAGAGACAUGAUGUACUCUCAGGUUGAGAUGACCUCUUGUUAUACUUUGCUAAGCAAUAAAGUGCA